UUCGCGGUUCGGAGAUAAAGUGAGGUUAACAACAACAAACUAAACCAUCGAUUUAUUCGAAUAAAUUUAAGAUUCAAUGCUGAAAAUGACGGCCGAUAUUGUAAAUGGAGCUCAGUUACCCAUGUUCAUGAAUAAGAACAUACUAAUUACGGGAUUCGUCACCGAAAAAGCCUCGAACGGUUUAUGGUUCGAAAUGCGAACGACCGAUAAUCAAAUUGUUAGAAUCAAUUUGAAAAGACCAAUUGAUCAAUUGCUGGAAGGAUAUGUAGAGGUACAAGGUGUUUCUACGGGCAAAGGAGUCAAUGCGGAAGGAUACAUAAAUUUCGAGAACCCGAAAUUCGAUGCCCAAGCUUACAAUACUCUCUGUUCGAUGUUGCAGUCGUUGCCCAAUUUGUGGAAUGUGAAGUAGAAAUUCGAAUAUUUAUAUCGGGUGUUUUAAGUUUAUAUAAUUCUUAGGAUAAUAACUAUUUUUCGAACAAGUAGUGUAUAAUUAAAAUGUUGAUGAAAUAAAUAUUUUUUACAUUUA